AUGGGAAGGAAAAAAGCGAAAAUGGUCCGACGGUUCGGAAAUGUUCAGGAUCUUGCCAAAAACGAUGGAAUGGUGUUGCGAGCCACAGAGCUAAUUAGUGAUUUAGUCGAUGCCACAAAAUCACGUAUUAAAACUCAGUUAAACGCACAUCUCAUUGGUCCGUCAUCGUUGUCAUCUGAAGAGGUAGCAUGUCGGCAAUUCUGUCGCCUUAGCUUCCACUUGAAGGCUGAUGAUGAAAGGAAGUAUACAACGUUGAAUGAAAUAUUUUCACAAAUAUUUAGAUCAUUUAAAGAAGGUACUGAAACGCGUAAUUUGGAUGUUGGAGAAGAGCCGGAAGAAUGCGACGAUGAUGCAUAUAACGAACUUCAAAAUGUAACGACACAGCUUGCUGGUGAGCAAUUGAGGGAUGAAGUUUCGCGACAUCUUGCAGCUCACACUGUUCUCGGUGGAUUCUGCGACGACAUGUGUCCUGAUGUGAGAGUAGACUUAGCUGAUGAUGCUCGUACCGACGUGUUACGGUUUUGUGAUGGUGAAGUUGACGCAAUCAAUGCUUUCACAGAGGCGUUCAUCAGCACUUACGAACCAUAUUUUCAAGGAGUUCGGACAGUUGCCUCUCGAUUGCGUGAGAUUAAUCGAUAUCAGGAUGCACUUCAAAAACUUCAAAGUCAUCGUGGAUGUGGAUUAGGAUGUGAACAGUUGAUCAACAGUCUGGCGAUUCCUCAAUCGUUGAAGGAUGACAUUUGGCGGGAGUUUCACUGCGGCAAUGAUGGUCGCUAUUGUGACGUUUGCUGUCUCAUGGCUCCUUCGGACACAUUCAGAAAGGUCCCAGUCGCAAACCGAUUGAUGAGGAAUGCGAUUAUUGCACCGAUGGAACUGUGUGCGUAUGUGUGUGUGUGUGAGCAAUGUCAAUCUAUCAAGAAGGAUGUUUGCCACACGUGUUGUAAAAGUUUAACACAGAAGAAGAAUGGACUAUCAUUCGACCAAGAUGUGCCAGUCUUAAACAAACUCAAUUGCAUUGAGCUUAUGCUGAUCAACUUAUCAAGGGUUGUGCAAUCCGUUGUACACUUGAAAAAUGUAGGCAAUCGUGCAUCUGGGAUGAAGGGCUGUGGAGGACCGAUGAUCGUUCUUCCAACCAAUCUGGAGAAAUCUAUUGACGGAGUACUUGCAACAUUGCCAUCUGCUGAACACAUGAAAAUUGUGGUAGACACCAACUGGGACAGAAAGUACAUUGUUUGUAUGAAUCGUGUGCUCGAUGCUCUUCAGUGGUUAAAGAUCAACAAUCCGGAAUAUGCUAACGUCAAGAUUAACCCGGAUUUCAUGUUCAUUGUUGAAAGGGAUGUCCUGUUUGAAGUUGGCAACUGCUCGCAGAAAGAUGCUGACCAGUUGGUUAGAUCAAGAAAUGUUUCUGACGGAGUGCUUCUCAAAGAAGGUCCUUCAGUUACAACGGUGCAAACAGUCAGUCAACCAUCACACGGUUCGAUGACAGCUUACAAACGGUUCAAGCUGCUGCAACUUCCUUAUACUCCACUUGGCAAGGAUCACCCGAAAGCUGAUGUUUGGAGUUUCGUCAACUUAUUUCCACGAGGACUGGGUGGAUUACGAUCAGUGAGAACCAUGAAGCUUAGCCGGCGGCAGUAUAACCGUUCAGUUUUGCUGAAUUCCAACAGUGCGAUGGCACGAGAUAUGCGGUUUUUGAAUAAGUUGGAUUUGUCGGAUCCGGAGGUUGCCAAGACUUUGUCGAGUGUAUUCAACAAAAUUCCCGAAUUCAAGCAAUAUUGGGCUGUAGUGAAGAACCGUCUUCAAUUCUAUUGUGCAAUUUUUGGACCGCCUACAUGGUUUGUUACGCUUAAUCCAAACGUAACAAUGUGGACCGAUCUACACGAUAAGUACUGUAAGAUCCUGGCCGUUGAAGUUAACGCGGACAAUAUUUGGCCAGUAAUCGAGGAAGACCCCGUUCCGUUCAGUCGAUACUGA